GUGUGUGUGUGUGUGUGUGUGUGUGUGUGUGUGUGUGUGUGUGUGUGUGUGUGUGUGUGUGUGUGUGUGUGUGUAUGCGUGUGUUUCACUGCGCUCGUUUUGAGAUUAGUUGAUUGACACGGAGGAGGAGGCCGAGUUGUAUGUGGGGUGGCGUCCUCUUGUCUACAAAAGCAAUAAAAACACGAUCCCAAAAAUAGUUGCAGUCGAGCUGUGUUGUCCUAAGCACCGGUCAAACCAAAGUAGACAGAUAAGACUAGACUAGACCUCCAGUUGGGAACCGAAGGGGCCGGUGAUGGGCCUGGAAGGUUGCGAAGGUGUGACGUGACGUCAGGCAGCACGUCAAGGAGCGUCAAUUCCUCGGGCUACAAAAGUAGGAGGCCUGGAGAAGAAGCCGUAAUAGCCGAUCCUUCGUAGGGGGGAAAAAUGAUCCAGAAGUAAAUUUUGGAGUGGGAAGGAGGGUGUGAAUGGAUGGAUAGAUGAUUAACGGCCCAGACGUAAGCACCCUGAUCAGCAAGCAGCAUCUGAGGCUGUGGGGAAAAGGAUUGUGGUGUCGGUGGCAUGAGGGGAACAUCCAUGUCGUGAUGAAAUCAUGGCGCCUGUGCUUUAGGAGGGUUGGUGACGAGGUGGGAAGGGAAGGGCAGGGAAAGAAGGGUUUAGGCACCUACGUAGCCAACAGAGCAAUGCCUCAUUCUGCAGCAGGAAGACUCCACCGAGGAUGCAGAAGAAGGGUGUGGGUGGAGGAGGACUAAGAAGUCAGAAAUCAUGUACAUGAGAGUACGGGGAAGAGGCAUCGCGAC